AUGGAGAGUCUACAGAAGUUCACAUCAGCGCCCGACAUGAAUGAGCUGCACCGCGUUGCUGCAUCGUUUGAGCAAAAGAUCUUCUCAACGGCCACCAAUCAGGUGCGAGCGAGCAACGGCCACCAAUCAGGACGAUUACCUGUGGCGCAUAUUCCAGACGAUGCUGGACAUCAAAUCAGGAGCAAGCAAGGGCCACAUGCUGCAGGCUGCAAGGCGGAUCAGCUUUCUGCCUCCCAGCCCUCAGCACCACCCACUCACUCUCCCCCGGUGUUUACCCCUCGCCUCGCCUUCCGCCUCCCUCCAACCUCAGGACGACUACCUGUGGCGCAUAUCCCAGAAGAUACUAUGUAUCAAGAGCAAGGGCACAUGCUGCAGGUUCAGGCGGGUGUAGGCACGCGCUCCCUCUCUCCCUCCCUCCCUCCCUCUGUCCCUCACUCCCUCCCUCCCUCCCUCCCUCCCUCCCUCCCUCCCUCUGCUCGCGUUCAGCCUUCAUCCCCACUCGCUCUCCCCCCAAUGUGCCCUCAGGACGAUUACCUGUGGCGCAUAUUCCAGACGAUGCUGGACAUCAAAUCAGGAGCAAGCAAGGGCCACAUGCUGCAGGCUGCAAGGCGGAUCAGCUUUCUGCCUCCCAGCCCUCAGCACCACCCACUCACUCUCCCCCGGUGUUUACCCCUCGCCUCGCCUUCCGCCUCCCUCCAACCUCAGGACGACUACCUCCUUCAUCCCCACUCGCUCUCCCCCAAUGUGCCCUCAGGACGAUUACCUGUUGCGCAUAUUCCAGACGAUGCUGGACAUCAAAUCAGGAGCAAGCAAGGGCCACAUGCUGCAGGCUGCAAGGCGGAUCAGCUUUCUGCCUCCCAGCCCUCAGCACCACCCACUCACUCUCCCCCGGUGUUUACCCCUCGCCUCGCCUUCCGCCUCCCUCCAACCUCAGGACGACUACCUGUGGCGCAUAUCCCAGAAGAUACUAUGUAUCAAGAGCAAGGGCACAUGCUGCAGGUUCAGGCGGGUGUAGGCACGCGCUCCCUCUCUCCCUCCCUCCCUCCCUCUGUCCCUCACUCCCUCCCUCCCUCCCUCCCUCCCUCCCUCCCUCCCUCCAUCCCUCCCUCCCUCUGCUCGCGUUCAGCCUUCAUCCCCACUCGCUCUCCCCCAAUGUGCCCUCAGGACGAUUACCUGUGGCGCAUAUUCCAGACGAUGCUGGACAUCAAAUCAGGAGCAAGCAAGGGCCACAUGCUGCAGGCUGCAAGGCGGAUCAGCUUUCUGCCUCCCAGCCCUCAGCACCACCCACUCACUCUCCCCCGGUGUUUACCCCUCGCCUCGCCUUCCGCCUCCCUCCAACCUCAGGACGACUACCUCCUUCAUCCCCACUCGCUCUCCCCCAAUGUGCCCUCAGGACGAUUACCUGUGGCGCAUAUUCCAGACGAUGCUGGACAUCAAAUCAGGAGCAAGCAAGGGCCACAUGCUGCAGGCUGCAAGGCGGAUCAGCUUUCUGCCUCCCAGCCCUCAGCACCACCCACUCACUCUCCCCCGGUGUUUACCCCUCGCCUCGCCUUCCGCCUCCCUCCAACCUCAGGACGACUACCUGUGGCGCAUAUCCCAGAAGAUACUAUGUAUCAAGAGCAAGGGCACAUGCUGCAGGUUCAGGCGGCCUUCAUCCCCACUCGCUCUCCCCCAAUGUGCCCUCAGGACGAUUACCUGUGGCGCAUAUUCCAGACGAUGCUGGACAUCAAAUCAGGAGCAAGCAAGGGCCACAUGCUGCAGGCUGCAAGGCGGAUCAGCUUUCUGCCUCCCAGCCCUCAGCACCACCCACUCACUCUCCCCCGGUGUUUACCCCUCGCCUCGCCUUCCGCCUCCCUCCAACCUCAGGACGACUACCUCCUUCAUCCCCACUCGCUCUCCCCCAAUGUGCCCUCAGGACGAUUACCUGUGGCGCAUAUUCCAGACGAUGCUGGACAUCAAAUCAGGAGCAAGCAAGGGCCACAUGCUGCAGGCUGCAAGGCGGAUCAGCUUUCUGCCUCCCAGCCCUCAGCACCACCCACUCACUCUCCCCCGGUGUUUACCCCUCGCCUCGCCUUCCGCCUCCCUCCAACCUCAGGACGACUACCUGUGGCGCAUAUCCCAGAAGAUACUAUGUAUCAAGAGCAAGGGCACAUGCUGCAGGUUCAGGCGGGUGUAGGCACGCGCUCCCUCUCUCCCUCCCUCCCUCCCUCCCUCUGUCCCUCACUCCCUCCCUCCCUCCCUCCCUCCCUCCCUCCCUCCCUCCCUCCCUCCCUCCCUCCCUCCCUCCCUCCCUCCCUCUGCUCGCGUUCAGCCUUCAUCCCCACUCGCUCUCCCCCAAUGUGCCCUCAGGACGAUUACCUGUGGCGCAUAUUCCAGACGAUGCUGGACAUCAAAUCAGGAGCAAGCAAGGGCCACAUGCUGCAGGCUGCAAGGCGGAUCAGCUUUCUGCCUCCCAGCCCUCAGCACCACCCACUCACUCUCCCCCGGUGUUUACCCCUCGCCCCGCCUUCCGCCUCCCACCAACCUCAGGACGACUACCUGUGGCGCAUAUCCCAGAAGAUGCUGACGACUACCU